AUGGCCGGGAGCAAAAUAAAGGGUGUGACAACAUCAAAGGGGCGCGCCCCAGGGAACGUAUUUGUUGUCACGAUGAGAUGCCUCGAACAAGAGGGUGCGCAGGCGCGCGCCUGCGUUGCUCUAACCGAACGGAGAUUCGAGCGGAUGGAAUCGUUGCAUCUGGAAGCCCAAAAUGAGGCCGCUGUCCAGGAGGCCUCGACACCUGGCAGGGUGCAAAUCGUGCAGAAAGAGCCUGGCCAUCUGCUGCGCGACUCCCCAAACCAGGGUGCGAUGCAGGCUACGAUGGCGAAGUCCAACAAAACGACCUGA